UUGGUGCUGAGUGGGUGUGGCGUAGGCAACGCGGCGCGAUGUUGCUUGAUCGUUAGCUUUCUUCUCAUUGCUCAAUGUCCCGUGGAAGUUUGAACUUGGUCGUGUACACGAGACCACACGCGGCAGAGUUGCCUUCACGUCAGCACGUGACGUCAGUGGAGGCCAAGUGUGAUGUAUUGGUCAGGUGGCCUCUCUCAAACCGAUAUUACUUCUCAUAUAUCUUCUUGGAUCGUCUUCUAUGUUGAUGGAAAUAAGAAGAGAAGCCUGCAUAUAGUAAGAGAAGCCUUAACUGUGUUUAGUGUUGUUAUUGUUGGAAGGAAGUGGCCUGCUUGAAACUUGCUCAACGUGUCUGUAUUGUACGGUGCGGUCUCGCACUUCAGCGUCUUAUAGCAGGUAUCACUAAUGCAAAGUAUGCCUUGUCAUUGCCAGCUCGUCGUUUUGAUGUCCUCAGUUUUCAGAUGUAUUCAAAAUCGAUGAUUAUUUAUAGGAUUCUGAUAUUAAAGCUGGUAAAUAUUAUUUUCUUGAAGCAUUAAUAUAAAAAACUUUAUUAUACACAUUUUGUGAACUCUAUAGUGCAUCGUAUAGAUCAGUACGUACGACAGUUAUUAAUUCAAAUCCACAGAAAAUGUUAUUCCAAUAACUUCUGACCUAGGGAAUAAUAACUUUCUAUUAUAAUAAUGUGGAAUGUUCACGAACGAAGCUAGUAUAAGUUAACUUUAAUAAUAUAAAAUUUUAGGUAAAAAAUGUCGAAAGAAUUUUUGGCGAAAUUAUGAGUUUUAAAGUGGUACUUAUUUGAUAUAUGAAAACAAUCGCAAUGCAACGACCAAUUAAGCUGCAAUCAAACGUAUAUAAGAUUUCUUUACCAACUUGUAUCAGGCUGUUGAAUUACGCGCUCGUCUUCAUUCGAAACAUUGCUCCUACAUCUUAUGAGUGCUUACUGUGCCCCGCCUCAGAAGAAAACUCUUUAAAUUUAGUAAACCCGACCUCUGUUUUAGCGAAAUUGUUGAGGUGGCCUGAGGGAAUCUCGUUAGAUGCGUUCUAUACUGGCAGUGAACAUCAAAGUUUGGAAACAUAGAGCAGCGACCGCCCUUGGCACGAUGUUGCUUCUGCCUGCGGGCUGAGAGGGCAAGUGCAGCCUUCACUCUUCCGUCUGCCGGCCUUGCGAAAUGCGACGAAUUUUUGCUCGUAAGCGUCGGGGCCAAGUGGAGGACGAAAGCCAACAGGAUUUCAACAACGACCGAACCAAGUCCAGCAACGAUCCCCGACUCAAAAGCAAAGUUUCAAGCACCAAGAAAGACGACGCCACCGGCGACACUGUCCGCAAACAGCUCGCUGUUGUGCCGGAGGAUGAGGAAGGGGAGACGACCAUCCUCGGGGGAUACGAGCAACUCGCGUCUAUCAUCAGAAGCAGAGGUUACCACGUACGCGAUCAUGUGCCUAAAGAGGUGCUUCACGCCCAGAUCAUGGAGAACAUCAAGAGGAGGGAGAAGAUCGCCCUUCUGCUGCGCAUGCAAGAAGUUGCUGGUACUCCCUUACCCCUCACCGUCCCCCUCCCUAAACGAGAGCCCCCCGUCCAGCCCGAGGACCCCAUGCGCACCGCACACACCCUCGCCCUCAUCACCAGAUUGUGUGAGGAGGCUCAGCAGUGGGCCAAUCGCCUGGCGCAUAAGCAGGUGCUCGAGUACAGCUGCAAGAACGGCAGGGGCGAGUGUAUCCUGACCUGCACCACCACCGAGGGCAUCAGCGGAGGAGGCGCGGUGCGGGCGUGGUACGAGACUGGCCGCACAUACAACUACAAAUGUCCCAGCUCAGCUGACCUCGCGCAUGCCGGUGAGUUCUCUCAACUGCUAUGGUCGUCCUCUCGAGACUUGGGUGUUGGCGUGGCACGUGGCGAGGGAAGCAGGGUUGUGGUGGUUGCGCGCUACUCUCCUCCUGGCAACCAACCUGGCCUCUUCCAGGACAAUGUCCAUCCGCCCAUACGCGGCCUUCCUCAAGGCGGCCAAAUAUCACGGACUCGAGAAGAAGCAAACAUGUCAGUGCAGACGGCCUUGUUACCACCGAGUCCCAAAUCCUCUUCCUCUAAAGGUCAUGUACAAAAGUCACACAUUCGAAAGUUUAGUCAAAAUGGCGUAGGGCUUCAUGCCGCAGCAACAGUGGCCGCAGAUCAACCCUCCCUCGUUGUAACUUCUCCAGACGAGCGGCGCCGCAACAGAGGUGGCCGGAUGGUCCUACCCGUUUGCUGUGGUGUCACGGUUGGCCGUAGACGAUCAGCGGAUACGCCAGGCACUCCUCGCCCAGCACGCCACUUCACUGCCAACGGCAACAGUUACGGCAGCUAUAGGGUGGCCGUCGGGUCGGCGAGUGUACAUCCUGACCCGGUCGCAAACCAAGUUGACCGUAACUGUACGAUUGAUAUGAACUUUGGUGACUCUGACACCGCUCCUCUUCAUGCAACAAGACCAAGUAGAUAUGUUCUUCCUUCUGUCCGUAGUCUGUGUUCGUCUCCUACCAUUCAGUCUAAAUUUAACUCACGAUCCUCGAGUGUGUUUCCUCACAAGUCUACUAACGCUUACCAACUCCGCCCGAGAUCGACGAGUGCCCACCAGCCCCUGGACGCUGAGCCUAACAAGCACCAGCCGCUCUCUGCCCGCCCGCACCUCGCCAAGCUUGUUACGUGACCUUCAGAUGUGUGGCGUAGUGUUACCGUUUGUACGCUUAUCAUGUGCGUUCUUUACUCUAAUCGUCUAAUACUUUAUUGCGUAAAAAUUUGUACGUUUCUGCUGAUGUCUAAUUAUGUGCGUUGUUCUUUUUGGCCUCACAGUGCGCGUUAUUGUUUGUUUUCUAACCAUGAGCGUUAUUGUUAGUGGGUGUGUUAUUUUUAGUGAAUUAACCCUGUGUAGUUAUUGAAAAAACACUGAUCGGUAUUAUUUGAAAAAAAAUUCAAUGAUAUGCUUUUGAUUUUGUAUCGACUAUCAUUACGAUCAGUGGUGUUCAUAUCUACUGUGCAGUUUGUUGCACAAUCAGCGGUAUUUGUGUUAAUGUCCUAACAAAAUUUGCUUGAAAACCGCAUGUUCCUAUCAUCAAUUCGAGCCCUGGUCCAUGGUGAACUGUGUGCUUGUACCUCCAGUACCGCCAUGUUUAAAUUGGCUCGUGAAUUAAAAUUUACGUUCUCACCGAGCUUGUAUGGUUGUGAGAUUAAAAAUUGGACUGAAUUUUUCAUUGCUAAGUAUUCUCUUCGUUUACGUACAUGUUAUUCGAGUUAUGAGAAAUAAAUUAAAUGCUUUCAAAAUCCUUCGAUCUGUUAUUUAUAUGCUAGAUUAUUUGAAUAGUUGUGGGCCAUUUUUGGUUUGAAACGUAAUGUAUCAAACGAUUAAAGACUUGAAACACUAAGGCGGUUUUAGAUUUGAGAUUGCAAAUUGGAAUAAAAAAAUGACUGAAUAAUUACAUAGAGGUAAAAUUAAUGUCUGCCGGCAACAACAUUAUUGAUGGAUCUCAAAAUCAUUGGCUGUAAAAUGACAAACAUCGAAUUCAUAUAUUAUUUAUUUCUUCAAUCUUAUUAUGUUUUAUCUUGCACUCUCUUUCCUCAGUUUGAUCGUAUGAAUGACGCCCCUGAAGAGCUUCAGCUCCGGUAUUACUCGACGAGGUUAACUUUUCAUACAUCUUGCCCCUCCUGAGACGGCGCUUUGGAGCAAAUGUUUUUUUUUAUAUAUUUGGCGAUGGAAAUUAACAAUAUUUGAAAAAUUUCUAUCUUCUUCUUGUUGUGACAAUUGUGGAAUGAAAAAAAAAAUGAAUUUCAGGUCGGCAUACCUUGUACCCCUCUCGCUGUUGGCAUAACGAUCCACAUUGAUCAAUAUCAUAUAUUAUCUCCAUAACCAUUCAUAAUUUCCUGUAGGUACAAUGUAACACGGAAGCUCCAGAAGACAGUUCCACCAUCGUCUACAUUCUACAGCCUUCACAAGGAAUAAUAAAACUUUUAAUGGUUAUAUCUAUUCAAUAUUUUUGCCCGCAGUUAACUUACAAUCUGAUACUAGAAGAGAAAUAUAUUUGCAACGUGUCAGAACCCUAACCUAUAGUGAAGGAAUUUUACAUUAAAUUCUUUGUGUUCGUGAUAAAAACUGAAAUGCUUCAUCUAACGAGCAAACGCGUAAGAUAACUUUGGAAUCAAUUUUGUGAUUCUUUGGUGGUUUGAACACAAAAGAGAUGGGCCUCAUCAUGACCAAGUGCAUGCAAGUUGGCGUCAUGUUAUUCUCCGUUUCUACGCUCAUGAGAGUCUGGAACUCAGCCAUCCUCGUUAAGGAAGGUACCGAUAUAGCUUCAAAAUGCCUCUUAAUUUUAUUGCCUUAGGAUUAGCGAGUACAAAUAUUCUGAAGUCCAUUUCUCUUGUGUGUGAUUCCGGAAUUUCGUCCAUUCAACUGAUUAGAAAUCUAGUUUGUUUACGACUUCAUUUUCAAAAAUGCUCAAAAAUGCAAAAGGUAAAGAUGGUGCUAAAGUUUUUUUUGUUGUUGUUGAUAGCAUACAUUUUUCAUUAUGCCGGGACUCAUUCCCUGUAUCCAUUAUUUCUGUAUUACCUUGAAUAACGUAAGUUUAGAUCCCGAUGUGAUAGUCGAUCUGAUUUUUCAAGACUAGAUUUGAUUUGUUUCACGUCACAAACUCGAAUUUUCACGUAAUUUCCUACUAGUCGCUACUGACAGAAACGAAGCGUCUAUAUAAAUGGAACUGAUUAUAACCUACGCUUUUUUUAUUAGAAGUCUGCUUAAAUUUCAUGUCACUCAUUAUUUAUCGCGCAUUAACUUGGUGCUCGAUAUUUUGUUGUUACAUUUACGUAUCAGCUCCAAGACCACAACCCUGUGGCACAUACGCUUGUUCACCAACGCUAGAGAAACUUGCUCUCGAGGUUAGAUUAUCAGUAUUGUAGGCCAAUCAGUGAUUAUAUUGCGAUGAGAUUAGAGGAACAUUUGGUUGGUUUUGUCUGAAGGCGGAUUUCAAUCAGGAGAAAUUUUAAUACUGAUGCCAAAGCAACUGUCUUAGUCGUUUGAACAGCACCACUUUGUAUGUAAGAUAAUGUUUAUUUCACAGCAAAUUUUUUGCAUAAAAUGAACUGGAAAUCUUUGAUGUCUUCGGAGGAACCCUAUUCUUGUGAACGAUGAAGUAUUAAUUUUUGUUAAAGAAGCCUUUUUGUUGCUUGUGUAAAUUUAGCGUCAGGUGCUAUUCCAAGACCUGUGUGCAUGUCAUUAAGAAAAGUACAAUAAAAUUUCGUCGGUGUCCAUUAGUGUGUCCUUUAGCUAGGUUUCUGCCUUUUUCUUUGACAAUCAUUUAAGGCUUCUUCCUUCUUAGCUUUUAGACUUCGUGUAUUUUAUUAAGGCCAUCAUUUCUUACAAGACCUAGAUACGCUACUACUUCAAACGCUGAUCGAGGGCGCUAUAUGCUGCUGUCUGCUACUCGGCAUCGGGCUUGAGGUGGAUUUGAACACUGCUGCUUCAUUAUGUACAAAUAGCGGAUCCAAAUGCUGUAGCAUGUAUGGGUUUUGUAGAAGUUGAAAUUGAUUCCAUUAUGAGUCGUUCGAUGCGAUAGCAUUCUUCGUUUAAGCUUCUCGCUUGCCUAUCUAAGGAGUGCCUCUAGAUAAGAGUUCACUUUUUCCUCAUAUUAAGUACGUACGUCCAGAAUUCUAUCACUCUUGCACGUUAUGCAUCCUUAUCUUGUAGUAUUCUCAAUACUCUGGAUCACGUAUCCACACGAACUUGUUAGUAAAUAUAUUAUAAUAAAUACCUUAUCUUGUGUCAUCUUCUUGAGAGAGCUUCUCAUGUCGCUUGUGUCGGUUCUGGAUUUGUGAAAAAAGUCAAGUUAACUAAGCAUGAUUGGUUUAGUGGUUCAACUGCGGGGGAAUUCUGAGAACAUUUUUGUCAUUGAAGUGUUGUCAUUGAAGUGAUAAUGGUAUACUGGAACAAUACAUGUUACCCAUUCAUAUUGAUACAGAACUUUAAUUGCAAACCAAUUCUAUCUCCUACAUGAUUAAAGGAUCUAUUAGUAUAAUCCUUUGUUGAUUGUUUUAUGAUUCACUUAUUGGUUUCAAAAUUGUGUGAGGGUACUUUCAAAUGAAACCUAAACCAAAAAUUAAACCCAUUUUGCAGCAUAAUGUAUGAAUAUUUAAGUUUUCCAUCUGGUACAAUUGCUAAUGUUUUGAUGAAAGAAAUUUUUCUUUUCAUGUCAGUUUUUCUGAUUAAAGGAUCCAACCUUUGCGUUCCACUUGGUUCAAUAUUUUUCAUAGCUUCAUGUUGAAAAUUUCACCUUCAAUAUUCUUGCUAAUUUUAUAGGGUUUCAUAUGAAAAUAUAAUCGUAUAAUCUGAGAUGUAAUGAUAUGUGGAGACUAAUAAUCAUUUGCUGAAUGACUAUUAGUCUCCACAUCUCAUUGACGUGCUUACUUGAAUGCUCGAAUUUACAAUUGAUCAGCGUGUCAUAGAUACUGUAGUCUCCGACAUAGUUUACUUCAAAAUUCGAAUGUUUUGUAGUAGCUUGGAGCCGAAGUACGUAAUACUUCUUUUCGUAAGAGUUGCAUACCAGUAAAUAUCCUUAAAAUGUUAUAGUGAUGAUCUUUUAUUAGUCCAAUAGGCUUAUUCAAUUGCAAAAUGGAAUUUGAUAUAUAGUAUAUGAUUAGGGUCACCUUUGGCAAAAAACCCCUCGUCAAACUUAUUUAAGGUUAAUUUCAAAUAUUAACAUUAGAAUUAUAAAUUACAUUUCCAGGUAAAAAUUACGAAACCAAUGAAAUAACAUUGUUUCGAAACAUCAAUUGAUAUGUUUGCCGCAAAGGAUUUUUUCACAAUUUUGGGUUCGGUAUUAUAUUCAAGUAGGGAUUUAAUAGACCGAUUGCAGUAUUUCAUAAAAUAUGCAUGCUAAAGUUUCUUCUCCAGUAUGGACUUCACUGAAAAAUAAUUGGACUAAUAUCUGAGAUUUUUGCCUUCAAGUAUUAUUGUUAUCAUAGUUAUUACAAUUGUUAUAGUUCUUGUUACACUUAUUCAUUUAUGGAAUCGUCAGCGGUCUGCAUGGGGGUAUAUUGAGUGCAAUUAGGGGUAUGUUGAAUAAUAUUUAAGAUAGUUGAUGGUCGAUUGCGUAGAUAGAGGACGAGCUAAAAACUUCAUGUGAGAAGUAAGUAAUAAUGCCUGAUGUUAGAAACGUGGAAGCAAUGCGGUUCACCACAUAAGCGUUAUGCUCAUUUCCGCGGGGCAAACCGCCUUUCCAUCGAUAUGUACUCAGAUAAAUAUACCCGUUGAUCUAAGUUAUAAAUACAUAGAUCAUAUUGUUAAGGCUUAGUGGAUAAGAGACCUAAUAUUAGUUUUUAUAUGCUUUAUCAAAUGAACUACUAGCUCGUACUAAGCCUCGCUUGCACCCUACCUUCCACCGCCUCGAUGCCUCGAUAACUGACAUAGGUGGUAUGUGGACGUGUCAUCUCGACAGGUUGUUCCCCACAACACAUCUCCCUCACAUCAGCUCCCAGCUCUGCGUAAAAUUCAAUUCUGCCAACUUUGGAAUUCAAUUUUGUUCAUGUCCCUGUAGUGUUGCUCACUGCGUGAUUGUGUUACGAACCUUUUGUGUGAUGCACCUUGGACAGUGCGUCGGAUUUCAUUUAAUAUUUUUUUAUUUAUGUAGAAUUUGUAUCAUGAUAUUUUUUGAGAGUGUAUUGGUGAGAGGGUGGGAAACGCCUAAAUGUCACAAGUCUACUACCAUUGCUAGUAGAGUUAAAGCUUCUGUAAAAUCAUCUCCCUUUCUACCUUUCAUGGUUUGUCACGUAUUUCUGUAACUAAAAAACAUUCAAAACAUGAGCUACGUGUUGUCAGGUAUUCAUCAUAUGUUCUACGAUGGGAACGAGGGAAUGUUUCCCUCAAUGAGGGAAAUCAUCAUAUGUUUCCCUCAUUGAUUCUAGCUUAGGGCCAUAGAGAGUUUCUCAACGAAUAUGUUCGCUUAAGAAAUUAAAUUGUAUUUUGGCUUUACC